UGUCCUGAGCUCUGCUAGUGCCCUGUCUGUCCCCGAGAUUGGCUACAAGGAUUCCGGGCUCGCCACACCAUGAACGUAGCGCAAUUACAGCCACCGGCCUUGCCGCAGGUCUCUGAGAGAGUUGUGCGGGAUGCUGGGGAUACAGAAGCAGACUUUCUCGCGCUGCGACUUCUCAACAAACGCGCCCGCGUGCGAGUGUCGCCUGAGCAACUUGACCUCGACGCUCUUCCGGGCCAAGCACGGCUAUUCGCGCUUGCGAACUCCAAAGGAUGUUUCGCUGCUGUUGCGCGAGAUGCUAGCUCAAACUGGUAUCUCUUGUCCGCAUCUCUUGCGCAGCUCCGAUCAAAGUUCACGUCGUCCACUCAAGCCGGCGAAAUCGAUUUCACAACACAGACAAGACAUCCCCUGCCUGGUCCAGCGACCUCUAUCGCCUACGCACAUAAUGAGUCGCGUAUGGUGGUUGUGCUUGCGGACGGCUCGAUUGCUGUAUAUGACGCACCAUCAUUACUCAACAGCUCGCCGGCUAGCCCUCUGCAUGUGUUUCCGGCCAACGAGGGAGCCAGUUUUCGUAAAUUAGCACCAAACCCAGGAGACAUGCCAGAGCUCGUGGCAGUACUUCGCGACGUUGGUGAGCGAACGGACGUCGUGGCCGUCGAAGUGCUCGACAUACAGAAUAUGCGCUCUGUGUGUGGCUGGAGGAGUGGUACAACCCCCAAUACGAAGCCGACUGCCAUGUCGUGGUCUGCCAAGGGAAAGUUAAUCGCGCUAGGUCUGGCCAGUGGGGAGAUCGAAGCUUUCAGCCCGACUGCUCCUGCCGUGGUGAAAACUGUGGUCCCAAAAGUACAGGCUCUCAACGAAGGCACCAUCAUUUCUACGACAUGGUUGUCGAAUAUCGAACACUAUUGUGUCUACACGCCACCGGGCCCUCCAUCACCAGAUGCUGAGCACACCCAUUUUGUCACGCUCUUCAAUCCGAAGACCAACGCUCUUGUGGAGGUCAAGGUCAAUCCGCCUGCCCUACCAUUCCCAGGUCUACGUGCUCCGGGCCAGUUCAUCGUACUAUUCCGAUCAUGGCACACGGCAAGAAUACUUGCCUUCGUGGGCGACAGCGCUUCUUCCGACAUCGGUGUGUUGGCGGCUCUGGGGGAGAUCGGAACCCCUCUGCACAAUCACUGGACGAGCUUGUCGCUGGAGGAAACGUCACAGCCUACAGUACCGUUAGACAAGGACAUGAACGAUACCGUCCUGGUCGGGAUGGAAGCUGACCUUACCAGCAAGGAGCCGUUACGCUACACCGCGCCGUCCGGGGAAGAGUCUGAUGUCCCAGCGCCGCCCGUGCUGUAUAUCUACGCAAGCGAUGGCACGAUCGUUGCUUGGCAGGUCGUGAACACAAAGGGGGUCGCCUAUCCUGGAAUGAUCACUCCAUCCGCAGUGACAACGUCCGCGGGCGGCGGGAUGUACGCUGAGCCUACACCGACGCCUUCUACGCUGCAAGCACCAGCGAUGGAAAUCUCCACCUCAUUUGGAUCCUCGUCACCAGCAACGGCUUCACCAAUGGCAGCGACACCAUCUGGGGGUGCAACCUCCUCUGGAUUCGGCUUCGGCGCUUUCGCCAGUGGCGCAACGAAGUUUGGACAAUCGAGCAUUGGUUUUAGCGGGAACGCUGACAACGGGACGCCCUCAGCCCCAGCGAUGGCAUCGCCCAUGCCCUCGCAAAGACCUCCUUCACCUGAAGAGGAGACCAUGGAAGCGGACAACGACGCCGGCGGUGGUUUCGGUGGACUGUCCCUAGGCGGCGGCGAUGAUACGAACAAGAACAAGACCUCGUCUGUCUUUGGGUCUUUUGGCUCCCCCGCUUCCACCGAGAACCAACCAGCUGCCGCCUUCGGAAGCUCGUCUGGCGGCGCGUUCAGUGGUCUAAAGCCAGCGACUGGCUUCGGUGCGUUUGGCAGCCAGGGCGCAUCAGCGUUUGGUGCCCCUUCGGCAUUCUCGAGUUCAUCGGAUUCUUCUCCGCCCUCUGGUGGUGCUUUCGGUAAUAUGAAGGCGGGCGCUGGCUUUGGCGCCUUCGCCAAUCGAGGUCCGUCUGCGUUUGGUUCGGCGCCGGCAUUCUCUCCUGCGUCGACAGCAGCCCCGUCUCCUCCGGUGUCGUCAGAUGCGAAAUCGACCUCUCCGUUUGGCGGGUCUAUUUUCGGGCAACCGUCCACACCACCGAAGACAACCGCGUUCGGACAGCCAUCUACUCCCGGACAACCUGCGUUUGGGCAGGCAUCCUUCGGGAAGCCUGCAUUUGGUCAAUCUGCGUUUGGCCAGUCUGCGUUUGGCAAGUCUGGCUUUGGGCAAUCAAGUUUCGGUCAACCUGCGUCCGGCGGUAGCCAAUCUUCUACAACGACAGCGAGCGGAUUCGGUGCUUUCGCACAGGCGAGUCCGACUGGCUUCGGUGCAGCACAGCCGAAGCCAGACGCAAAGCCCGCGUGGGCAGUCAAGGCCGAGGGUGGUUCUGCUGCUGCGGAGGCACCCAAGCCAGAAGUCAAGUCACCAGCGUCGGCGUUUGGGCAGUCAAGCUUUGGACAGUCAGGGUUCGGACAGUCAGGACUUGGACAACCCGGACCUACCCAGACGCCGUCAGCUUUCGGCACUAAUGCCAACAAGCCAUCUAUCACUACCUCUGGCGGAUUCGGUGCAUUCGCUCAAGCGGGAUCGAGCGGGUUCGGGGCUGCCGCCUCCAAAACUGAUGCAAAGCCUGUCUGGGCAGCGCAGUCCAACAGCCAAUCCACGACACCUGCGGAAAAGACCAAGCCUACACCCGCUCCUACCACUAUCCCUGCUCCGACGACUCCUCCGCGCACGCCGCCUACCCCCAGUGAAUCUCGUUCACCGACGCCGGAGAAGCGUUUUGAGGCCGCCACUCCCGUAUCGAGUCCUCCCUCACCAUCCUUGGCCGCCGCGCCCUCUUCAGCGCCGACAGGGAACGCCUUUUCUCAGCUGAAAGCGUCUCCCUAUGGCUUUGGUAGCGUGGAUUCUGGCUUUGGCGCAUUCGGUGGAAGCGUGGCCGAUACAUCCUCGCCAUUCUUCAAGGCAGUGACGAAGCCAAUGGACACACCGGCUAAACCGGCUUUCGCAGCUGGAACUUCCGCCUUCAGUACUUCACCCCCGAGUGCUGCUACAGGUGCAAAUAAGCCGGUUUUUGGCGCACCAUCGCCGAUUGGCGGUGGUCGAUCUGUGUUUGGCAUGCCAAGUACCCCCAGUCCGAAAGCGACGACAACGCCAACCACCACCCCGCCUUCAGGCGGAGCCUUCGCCGCUUUCAGCGGAACUAAGUCCCCGUUCGGUGCUGCGUCGAGCGGGGCUAAGUCUUUCAGCGAGUUGCUCCGCGACAAGACUGGUCAAGAACUCAUCCAGCCCGUCAGACCAUCGAAGACAGUGGUUGAGCAAAAGAAGCCCGUGUCCGCUUUUGCCAAGCUUCCGAAACCAUCUGACAAUCAAAAAGAGAGCGACGUGGCAGAGUCUGGUGGCCUACUAGAUGACGACGACAUUAACUCUUCAGAAGAAGACGAACACGACGACGGAGCUUCCUUCUUGUCAGAUUCUGAGGAUGAACCUGACGCUGAAGGUAGCGAGGAAGGUAGCGAAGUGGAGGAAGGAGAGGAGGGCGCUAAACACGGAGAGGAGGAAGAGGAAGAGGAGGAGGAAGACGAUGACGAUGAAGACGACGAAGAAGAGAAAGAGAAAGGCGAUGCGGUCAGCUCCUCUCCGGUGAAGUCUCCACUUGUCAUGGAUGCCUCGAAGGCGGAAAGUGGGACUGAGCAUGCCAAAUUGCCAACUCUGCUCAGUCGGAUUGGGCCAACUACCGCUCCGGAAAGCAAGUCUGCUCCCGCAGUAGUGGUACAGAGAGAAGGGAGCACCACGCCUCCUGGCUCCCCCGUGCCUGCGAAACCUGCUUCUGCUCCGCCCCCUCCCUCCAUAGGUCUUGUUCCACCACCGGUCGUUGCAACCAACCUGGGACCGAUCGUUGCAUCGAAUCUGGGCAGAACCUCGACCCGGCCUAUCCGCAGCUCUCCGCUAGCAAGCAAACCGAUUAGUCAAGACGACGAUAGCUCUGAAGGAGGACAGUCGCCCCCUGGUACACCGCCGUCCAGUUUGAAGCUCAAGGCGGCCAUCUCGGCCAAAGACCCCCCCUUGUUGCCAACGUUCAAACCUGCGACGCCUCCGGCCGCGGCGCCUUUCUCUCUCGCUCCGCCAUCCGUAACUCCUUCCGCUCCUUCAGCACCAUCAACGAGCACACCCCUCGCACCCGCAUCAACUAGCCAAAAGGCGGCGCCUUUUACGCUGGGCGCAUCCGCUGCUCCGACCUUAGCGCCCAAGACCUCUGAAUCUUCACAGCCUGCUUCCGGUAUCCUCAGACCCAGAACUCCGGUUGAUACUUCAGUGGGCGCUUCCACGCCCCCCGCUGGUCAACUGAAUGUACCUAAAUCGCCGCCAUCCCAGCCCAGCGCAAAGGGCAUAAAGCUUACCCCGCCAACUCCGACUGGCAAGCUCCCCGUAGUAAAAGACUUGCAGGGCGAAUGUGAAUUUUUGGUCAAAUAUCUCGAUGGCGAGUUUACACGGUUGUUGCCUCUUACGCAACUGGCAGCCAAGCGGAGAGUGGAGCUGUACAAAGCUGGUCUUAAUCUAGCAAACCUGGAUGAAGCGAACAACUGGCGCAUCAGUGACUUGCCCCGCCUCGAGCAGUUGAUGUUUAUUGCGGAGAAGGAUCUAGCACACGUCCAGGACCAACUGCAGUCAUAUAUAUCGGCGAUACGAGACAUGGAGUCUCAGUUGCUUAAGGCGAGCACAAGAAAGGAGGAAGUCAUACGUUUCGACAAGGUAUCCAAAGAUCCGGAGUUCGCUCGCAUGCUCAAGGUCCGCACUCUGGGCCCGGAACACUUGGAAGCUCAAAGUCAGUUGCGUAGAGAAAUCAGAGCCGUCCGUGAAAGGCUGCAACAGCUCGAAGGGCAUAUGCAAGAGGCAAAGAAGAAACUUGCAUACAUGAAGUCUGGCAAAGCCGCGCUCAGACCUCCUUCUUUGUCGCUCAUCAACGGUACCUGUAAUCAUCUCGAGGAAGCUAUCGAGCAGAACGAGGAUGCCGUUGCAGACCUGUGUAGACGUACAGCUCAUCUGAGCCUCGAGUUGGCGCCCCGCAGGUCGAGGUGGGAUUACAGGAUAACUGACGAAGACGUCACGCGACACGCGGAGGUGACACCUAAUUUUGCCGUGUCUACUGCCGCAGCCUUGAACGCGGAGAUGUCGGCGAACAAGUUGAAGCGCGCUCUUCUCGCUGCCCGCAAAGAGCCUCUGCUGAACACUCAAGCCAUCUCGAAGAUGCCUGUCGCUCAGGAUUAUGUCUUGCCGGAGGUUACGGCCGAGCCCCAGACGCCUCCUCCGUUUGACGAUUCCUUCUCCCCCGAUGACCAUUCGUCCCCCCCUUCCGGACAUCGACGACUGAAGGCCGGGAAGUUCCACCAGAAGCCAAUACAGCUGAAGAAGUCCGCUUCUCCGACGCCCCCGCCUACUGCCAGCUUCAGCUGGGGUCCAUUGCCCAGCGUAACACCGCCAGCUCCCUCAAAGGCCCUACCGUUCGACCUGCGAAAACCCAGUGCGUCGCCCAGCGCCUCACCCACUCUGCCGUCGUUAUCAGCUUCAUGGGUCACGGAUGGCUUCAGUGUCAAGACGGAAGGCGCUUGAUGUCGCACUGUUCGUUAUAAGCAUCAUUCUCUCUGGUAUUCGUCGUGUCUUGUACUGUGAUGUAUCGACUAUCUCGUUGUAUUAUGAACAUUGUUGGAUCGCUUCCAGUUCUACUUACAGCGGAAUCCGACCUAACGUGUCUAAGCUUACUCUCAA